AUGAAGAUUAUCGCACUCGUUGCCAUCGGAGCUACUGCGAUUCCGCUCGUAAUGAGUCACGGCUAUAUCGUCGAUCCUGCUGCCCAAUGGACUCAAGGAUAUCCAUCCAAUGGAUAUGGCAGUACAAUCAAAGGAGAUAUUUUUGGUGCGAUUGAUAAUGCAAAGUAUGGUUAUGGACCGAUUGGAGCUGUGAACACGAUCAAAGCAAAUUUGGACACAAAAGGUGGUGGAUCCCUUAAUGCGUUCAUUUCAAAGAACCAGAAACUAUAUAGUGAUCAAAUUGAUCCGCAUUGUGGUCUCACGACCUACAAAGAAGGCAGUCGCUCCAAGUUACCAGCUCAGCUUGAAUAUACGGGUUUUACUCACCCUGGUCCAUGCGAGAUAAGGUGUGACGACGAGAAGGUACUGUUUGAAUACGACUGUCAAGCGAAGUACCCCGCAAUUCCUGCUAAAAUACCAUACGACAAGGCAAAGUGUGCAAACGCUAAUCGUAUGACAAUCCACUGGAUUGCUGUGCAUGCUACCGAGUGGCAAGUGUACACAGAUUGUGUGUGGCUUGAAGGUGGCUCUGGCAUUGGAAAGCCAUCUGGAGAUGGAGCUGGCACGUCGGAUACUACGAAUACUACCAGUACAACUCCGACGGUCACUCCAACGACAACAACGAGCACUCCUGUAUCAAGCGGUGAAGUUGGUAAAGAGGCCAGUGCUCCUACACCACCUUCGACCUCUCCUUCUAGCUCGUCCAAGUGUUCACGACGCCAAUAA